CAAUCUCAAGUGCAUCUCGCUCCGCCUCCUGAUCAGCAGAACUAUUGAGGCUAUACUUGAGUGUUAUGGAUGGGAAGAAGCCUUAUAUGGUUGUGAUCUUCAUACAAUUAAUAUAUACGGGGAUGUAUGUGAUCUCCAAGGCUGCAUUGGACGAUGGUUUGAGCUCGUACGUGUUCGUCUUCUACCGACAGGUGGCUGCCUCCAUGCUGCUGGUGCCGCUUGCUAUUAUUUUUGGAAGGAAAAGUGCUCCACCAGUAUCAUUUCUUGUGUUGCUCAAGAUCUUCAUGCAUGCGUUGAUGGGGAUUACAUUGAGUUUGAACAUAUAUAACAUCGGGCUGAUAUACACCUCGGCAACGCUGGCUUCUGCAACGACAAACUCGGUCCCAGUGAUCACAUUCUUCUUGGCCCUUCUACUCCGAAUGGAAAGAGUCGACAUGAAGAGCCUCGUAGGAGUAGCUAAGGCCUUGGGUGUGGCACUUUGCUUGGCUGGAGUCAUGACCAUGGCCUUCUACACAGGUCCUCAUUUAAAUCCCUUGAUCCACUAUCGUCCCUUUGGCCACAAAACAAGCCCCACCAGUGAUGCCCCUGCCCAUUCGAAGCAGAACUGGAUUAAAGGAACCUUCAUCAUGAUCACUUCUAACGUAACUUGGUCUCUUUGGCUUGUUCUCCAGAGAAUUUUAUUAAAAGAGUACCCUUCGAAGCUUCUUCUUACAACUCUCCAAUGCUCGUUUAGCUCAGUUCAGUCUUUCAUUGUUGCCAUGGUAUUUGAGAGACACACCUCGAGAUGGAAGCUAAGAUUAGAUACAGGGCUGCUCGCUGUCUUAUAUUGUGGAUUUGUUGUCACUGGUGUUUCCUUCUACUUGCAAACUUGGUGCAUCGAAAAGAAGGGCCCCGUUUUCCUAGCCAUGUCCACCCCACUGGCCCUUAUUUUCACCAUAAUUUGUUCAUCAUUGUUCUUAGGCGAGCUGAUUCAUUUGGGAAGUGUUCUAGGUGGACUUUUGAUGGUAGCAGGCCUCUACAGUGUUUUCUGGGGAAAGAGCAAGGAGGAUGUGGUGUGUGAGCCGGUGAAUGAAGAUGGAAAAGAUAGCGUUGAAGAGAGAGGAGCCACAUCACCAUUUCACUCAGUUUGAACUAACUUUGUAUUCCAAUACAAGGAAUCCUAAAUCCAUAUGCCUGCAUUGUAUCAUGUUUUGUGAUUUUAUAUUAUGUAAGCUCCUUUUAUGUUCAUAGACUUGAAGAAACUUGUGGAGCUAUUUCGAUGAUAUGGUAAUUUAGAAAAAUAGCUAUUGAUAUUUUUUAAGCCCC